AUGACGCUCACCUGUGAAGUGCGAGGUCUGUGGGUGUCUUAUCCUCUCCAGGACCAGGAGCUCCAGGCCUUGCUCCACGAGGGGCUGUGGGGCCCAGUGCAUAAAAGCUCUGAAAGGCAGGACCCUGCCCUGUCUGUCCUGGCCUUGGAGGCCUCUGCUCUGCCCUCUUACGUGACCCAUGCUUGGCAGACAGGAGAGCUUGUGUCAGAAUGUGGGCUAAGUGGAGUGACAGACUCACAGCUUUCUCUUCUCCCACAGGAGAGUUUUCUCCAGGAGUUCCUCUUCAAAGACCCCUGUUUCCAGAUUUCAGAUAAGUGUGAGAUUUUCCUAUGGGCCCUGGGGCGAUGGGUGCUCCAGGUGGGGCAGUUCAUGCACCAGAGGGCUGUGCGGUCCUCCCAGGUGGGCUUCUGUGUUGUGAGGAGGAGAGUCAUGUUGAAGGAGCCCACCCACGGGGCCUGGACUCAGGAGCAGUGCUCCCACUUUGGUGGGAUUCAGAGGUCCUGCCCUCGGCCGGGUCCCUUCCCCUGAGGCCCUGGCUGCCGCCCCACUCCCAGCCCCUGUGGUUUGUCCCAGAACCACACCUACUAUAGUGCCACGCCUGUGUUAUCCAAGUGCCUUUACCUGACCUCUGAGUGUCACCGGGCUCAAUGGCAAAAUUAGCCCUCAGUGGUCAGAAACCUCUGGGGUGAAGACUU